AUGGCAUCGGUGGACGCGUACCCGCGAUCCGCAUCGCUGGACUUGCUGCGCAGUCCCACCGUGUCGCCACUUCCAGCACGCGCAUCGUUCGAGUCCGUAUCCACGCUGCGCGGACACCGCAUCUCCAGCCCCAUCUUUCUCAACAGCAGUGUAGGCGUCCAUCCCCAGCAGCAAGACGAAGAGCCAAAGACUCCGCGCCACGAGACGUCAGACCAUCUGCGAAGUAAGUUCAGCAUGUCACCCCUCCAGCCCUCGAAGCGAAAUAAGGCAAGGGUGUCGCAGGAUCCCCCUUACGUAGCAAGAUUGGAAGCCAAGACCACCAUUGGACACUGGUCGCAUAGCUUGGGGGCCGCCGCCAGAAGGUUGCAGAACACGCUUCCGCGAAGAGGCGACGCGGUGGCGACGGUCAAGAUAAAUUCGGACUCAAACGAAGUAACGCCCGACAAGAAGGCACUCAAGGGUGCCGCGAGCUUCGCGUCGAUUCGAAGACUGAUAACGCCGUCGAGGAGGACGAGAAAGGUUUCGGCGGCGCCGAGGCUUGCAGUGCCUCGGUCAGCCAUCGUAGAGGUGGAAAAGGGUCCGGAGCCUGGCCCAGCCGCGGCUCAUGACGAUGCAGGAUGGAUUGAUGCCGAGGGUAGUGCGGAAAGUGGCGCUCUCUCGCGAAGCAGUGAAAGAGCCCAGCUGCAUGUGGGUACCUCACCGCCAGACUCGAUUUGCGCGACUCGACCCGGCAACCGGUGUUCCAAAAGCUCGAGCGUCAGCGAUCAAAAUGGACGAUCUGCCUCGGCAGACGUGCUCGCAAGAUGUGCGACAAACAGCUCCGAUCAGAACGGCGCAACGGUGAAUGCACGCACCGACGCCGAGUCCACGCAUUCAAUCACUCACGAGAUUCCCGAAGAGGAUGUCAGUCUCUUGGGCGGCGGUAUCACGGAGCGCGACCAGACGAGCAAGACGUGGAGCAACCCCCCACCGCCGGCCCCUUCGAAGCUCAAAACGCUCCAGCUGCUGGCUCGGCGGCCCUUCCACGCUUUCGGAAGAAAGAUGCGAGAGAUGGAUGUAUCGUGGUGGCCGCGCAGCUCGCAGGAUGAAGCCAGCUUCCAACCGCCUACUUCGCAAUGCACUGCUCCAGCAUUUGCGCUCAGACGCAGCGAGGACUUGCUGUCCAAGGCCUCUCCGCGAGUCUGCCCGUAUGCUAACCCAAGCCGCAGCUUGGACCAGGAUCGGAUCGAGCUUCCGUCCAAAGUCGUGCCCAUCCUCUCGACUGGUACUGCCGUGUACAAGCGUCGACCUAAUAUUCCAGAAGCGUUCGUCCGGCAAGUGCCAGCCUCAGCGGCACAGCCUCGUCCUUUGGAGCGCACGACGGUGAGUGCACCGCUGCUCGCGCCAAGGAUCUCGAACAAUCGCCAUCCGUGGAUGAAGCAGCUCCACCUAAGCAACAAUCUUGCAGCCCAAGCAGACGCCAACACGGAGCCAAGCCUUAUGCAGGAUCAGACACGGAGCGUAGCGAAAGGGACCAAAGACGCCAAGGGUGCGGUGCCCAAGCUGUCGUUGACAGCUGCAGAAGACCCCGUACACAUGCCGAUGUACGGAUCGAGUCGAGUGGUGGAUAUAGAAGACUCGGCCUGUCGAAGGCCACCAGCAUCCUUGCUGGGACAGUCGCUGCCCAUUCCACCGCGCGGCGGUCGAAGGCGCGCGAGCACGAUCAGCUCGCAGAGCUCGAGCGUCUCGUCACCAUCGGGCAAGGUGAUCGUAUCGCGCCGCUCCUACGGCCAGCGCUCUUGCUCACCCGGCUCCAGAGAAAGAGCAGGAAGUAUCCGAUCGGUGGGAACUUCGAUCCUCUUCGGCGAGACGCCGCCUGGAACGCCAGGUUUGCGAAGGAUGCUCUCGCCCCAAAUCUCGUCCGGUUCACCAUCGCGCGGGGUAUAUGUGCGAAGCCCUUCGAAAGUGGUGCUUGUUCCCAAGUACUCGCCCGCACGACACCGACAAGCGGAACGAGAGCUGCAUCGCAAGCCGUCGUCGAGCUUCAGCGCCAACUCGGAGCAGGAAGAAGAGCAGGAGUGGGUGGACGAAGCUCCCGCCAACGCGAAACGGCUAGACCUCGUGGCGAUCCGCAGCAAGAUCGAGGCGGCUCUGCCGGCGGCAAGACCCGGAUUCCUAGAGAUGAGCGAGGCUACAGACACGCUUUCCUACCUGGUCAAGACAUUCAACGGGAGCUCGGGAUCGCUCAUCUCAAAUUCCUCGCCGUUCAAGACGGGCGGUCUUGCGGACCCAACGAGCCCGCGAGAUUUGUACGGCAUCGCAGAGGCAGACGAGAUCCACUUGCCGCGACGAUCGGCUUCUUAUCUGGGAGGGCGAACUCGUGUCCGGCUGACGAGCAAGGCGAGUCUGGUCUCGACGGAAGCCAACUCGAGCUUCGAAGACUCGGAGGAGCUGCAAAAGCUUCUGGACAGCAUCAUGGCGACGGACCUUGGAAAUAGCUGCGACACAAGCGGAUCGCGAGGCGACAUGGCAUUGCUAUCGCCCUUUGGAUCGCCUGCAGAUCGACUCGAGCCUUGUGGUGAUGCGAGCUGUGCGAGCGAGUCACGCUGCAGGGCAACACCACGGUCGUCGCCGAUGCCACCUCCACCCAAGUUCCUGCUCAACGACAGGCCCAUCUCGCCGCCUGACUCGACCAACAUGAGCGAAUGCAUGCACACCUCGGCAUCCGACGACCCUUGCACCGCCCCACAACCGCCACCGGCAUCACAGCAGUUCGAGAUCGCACCUGCUUUGCUCUGCCGUACAGCCAGCUGGUCGAGCGCCACUAGCCAGACAAAGAUCAGCCGCGUACCUGUAGCGACGCUCAAUUCGCACCACGCUCAGCGUCAGUCGCCAUUCACAUCCCGGCUGUAG